UAAGACUUUAACUUUCAAUGUUUUGUUAAUCUUGUAAAGGACACUUUAACUUUUUCUGAGAACAAUAAACAUGAAGGGUUCCAUGAUCACCAUUUUCAGAAGAAAAGAUGGGUUUGCUCUCUAACAGAGUGGAUAGAGAGAGUCUGAAACUAGGAGAUCACAUAUAUUCAUGGCGUGCUGCUUAUAUUUACGCUCAUCACGGUAUCUACAUUGGUGAUGAAAAAGUGAUCCAUUUCACGAGACACGGUCCAAAAGUAGGAACAUCAUCAGUUCUCGAUGUCCUCAUGGUCAGCUCAGUGCCAACACCCUCUCUAACCUCAUGCCCUAACUGCACUCACACCGAAAACAACAAUGAAGUUAUAACCUCUUGUCUCGAUUGUUUCCUCGCCGGUGGAGUCCUCUACCGUUUCGAAUACUCCGCCAACCCCGCCGUCUUCUUCGUCAAAGCCCGCCGCGGCACUUGCACGUUUGCCGCCAGCGACCCGCCAGGGGCCGUCCUCCACCGCGCAAAUUACCUCCUUGACAAAGGCUUCGGUUGCUACAACAUUUUCAAGAACAAUUGCGAGGAUUUUGCCAUAUAUUGUAAAACUGGCCUUCUUGUUUCCGGAAAAAAGUCAAUGGGUCAAAGUGGACAGGUGGCCUCCCUCAUUGAUGGGCCCCUUGUGGGGUUCCUUUCGGUUGUGGUUAAGCUUGUGAAGACGAAUGUUUAUGUGAAGACAGCGUCGGUGGCAUCGAGUGUGGCUACAUAUUGUGUUACUCGGUAUGCUACGGAUAUUGGUAUAAGGAGUGAUGUGGUUAAGGUUCGUGUGGAAGAUCUACCGAUAAAGCAUCAUAAUAUUGCUACCUAGGAAUCUAGGAUUGGGUGGUUGUUUUUUUUUAAGAAUGUUUUUGUGUCAAAUGUUUGUUACUAGGCCUAUGAUCUUAUGGAUUUGGGCUUUAGAUGCUUGUGUUUUUUUCUUCUUGUUUUUAAGCUCUAUGUUAAGGAAAACGAAAACGAAAUGGUUGAUGUGUUUGGGCUUAUGGAUUUUAGUGAGUGAUUUAUUGUUUUUUGUGCAUAAAAACAAUUACGGCA